CGCACACUGCUAUAGACAGCUAGCGCAUCAAAGGCUGGCUUCGCGCAAAUGCACACGAGAGUUGGUUAAAGCGUGAGUGCGUGACUGGAGUCUGGAGCACACCUACUCACCUUACCAGACCACGACUCCACGAGAGACACGCCCGAUACCUCUUGCAUUUCUUGAUCAUGAUCAUGAUCAUGAGUUGGUUGGGGCUUGGCCGCUUGGGCUGAGCUAGCCGACAGGCCCACGCUUGCCUUCAGGCUGCGUCCUCUUUGCGGUUCCUUUUCUUGCACGAAGAAGGAAUCUGCAGCUCUGUACUACGGAGAGACGUCAGGCAGGCACGAGACAAGCAAAGGGAAGGAAGGUUGGAGGAGAACCGAGCGGAAGGGGAGGAGACUAGGACGGGGAGGAAGGCGGCGGCCGGCGAAGGAUCGGAGAUGCUGCCGGCAAGGCCCCUGACGCUGGAGACGUACCACCGUUUCUUCCUCGACCCAUGGAACACCCGCAUCACCGUCGACCAACUCAACCAGAUCCUCUACAUGCAUGGCUUCGCCAAGCUCCACCGCGGCAAAAAGGCCAAGAUCAUGGAGCACCUGGUGGGGCAAGUGGACCUGCUGCCGCCGCGCCGCUCCACGCUGCACCAGCACCAGCACCGCGCGGCGCUGUCCGUCGCGUCGCCGCCUUCUGCGGCCGUCAUCACUGCGGCGCAGGCUAGGGACGACGUCGAGGCGAUCGGGUGGGCGGAGUGCCCCAUCGGCUGCGUCGCCGCGUUCGCCGCGCCGAGUGCCGACGUGCCGGAGCCGGUGGAGCGCGUGCCUCGGCCCGCCGACUUCGUCCUCGCCGGGCGCCGCCCGCGGUCCAAGCGGACGCGAGGCUCUGCGUACGGGCCAAGGGACGUCGCCGCCGCGUCCAUGAAGCUGAAGGCGUGGGCGAGCGCGCCCGGGAAACAGGCGAAGGUGGUCGUCAAGGAGGAGGAGAGGGAGCCGGAGCUGGUGCCACCGCCACCGCUGUGGACGCGGUCUCCGACUCCGCCUCCGCCACAGGAUGUGGCGCCGCCGCCUCCACCGUGCCAGCCUCAACCUACGUUGGCGCCGAUCCCCGCGCCUCCAGGCUGGUGCACGCCCAUGGUGCCGCCGCAUCCUUCGCAGCAGCUGUUCUGGGGAUUGCCUCUGCCCACACGGCCAACCGCUCAGCCGUUCCCUGCAACGCCACCACCGGGAUGGAGCGUACCUACGCCGCCGCCGUGUUUCCCAGCACCGUUCUGGGGCGCGCCCACAAUGCUGCCGCCAUUGCCACCGCAUGUGGCCUGGCGCUGGCCGCCCACCACGCCGCCGCACUGGGGCAGCAUGUUUCCGCCAGAGAACCGUCCCAUGCAGCUGCAGCGAUCACCACCACCCCUGCUGCUGCAACAACCACCACCGCAUUUUCAGGGUCAGCCGCUGCCCUCGCUGAUUCAUCAGACACCACCACCUCCCCUGUUGCUGCAACAGCCGCCGCCGCAUCUGCAGAGGCAGCCGCUGCCUGUGGUGAUCCAGACACCACCACCUCCCCUGCUGCUGCAACAGCCACCGCUGCAUUUGCAGGGGCAGCCGCUGCCUGCGCUGCGUCCGACACCACCACCUCCCGCGCUGCAGCACUAUCCAUGGCCGCACUUCGGCGGGCAGCAUCCACCUCCUGCUCUCCAUCAGGAAAGAUGCUCAUUGCUCAAAGACCACUGCCAAACUGCCCAACGAAAUGAUUCUAGUAGGAAUUUGAAGCAACCUAGAGCGGGUUUCUAGCUCAUGAUUCCUAGUGUAAAUAGAGAAGCGAUUCUUGUCUACUCCCCACUAGAAUUUGUGUGAUCUUUUACUAUUUAGCUGAGCAUGCAUGAGUUAUUCUCACGGAGAACCUGCUCCAAGGAGCACUACCAAAUGGAAUACAACUCUAAGGGCAGCUUUGACAUUAAUCAAAGGGUAUUUCUGCUA